CGUCGGACCGCUUGUGGAUCGUGACGUGGUGAUUGGUUACUAAACUGCAUGUUGAAAACUACUUAGUUGGCGUUAAUUACACCGUAAUUAGGUCGCCGGACUAGUGAUAUACGUUUUUACGAGUUUUAGCGUGUGUGGAAUAGAAAGUUAAUCUGGUUGUUUUGACGGGAAUCGAACUGUUUGCUGCUGAUUUGUUCGCUUCCAAAUUAGAUAAUCAGGGCUGUGUGAUCGUAUCUGCUGUGACCAACUGACCAGAACUGAUCCGGCGACAUGAAGCUCUACAGCAUCAGCGUCUACCAUAAAGGAGCGACCAAAGCGAACCUACUCAAGUCGGCCUAUGACCUCUCCUCCUUCAGCUUCUUUCAGCGCUCCAGUGUUCAGGAGUUCAUGACCUUCACCAGUGCCUUGAUUGUUGAACGGACAUCACAAGGAAGCCGUGCCUCUGUCAAAGAACAAGAGUACCUGUGCCACGUGUAUGUAAGAAAUGACAACCUGAGUGCUGUGGUCAUCGCAGACACUGAAUACCCACAGAGAGUCUGUUUCACAUUGCUAGACAAGGUAUUAGAAGAGUUCUCCAGACAAGUGGACAGUAUAGACUGGCCCUCUGGUAAUCCUGAAACCAUAAAUUACAAAGCCCUGGAUAUUCACCUUUCUAAAUAUCAGAACCCCAGAGAAGCAGAUGCAAUGACCAAAGUGCAGGCCGAGCUGGAUGAGACAAAGAUCAUUUUGCACAACACCAUGGAGAGCUUGUUGGAGAGAGGAGAGAAGCUGGAUGACCUUGUGGCAAAGUCAGAGCACCUGGGAAACCAGUCCAAAGCCUUCUACAAGACUGCACGGAAACAGAACUCAUGCUGUGAAAUCAUGUGAUGCUGCUGCCUCGUCCUCUUGGACACGCCUCUCUCUGCCUUUCUGCUUUUCCUACAACUCCCAUCAUGCACCAGCCACCAGCUCUCAACACAAAGGACAGAACGGACGCUAACUAACACGAGAUGGGGCACAGAGAUGAGUGCGUGGAAGGUGAUGGCCAGUCUUAUGUGUGACCUGUCCAGAUUGCAGCUGAUGGGGGCUGAAGGAGUGAUGGGGUUUGGUUGGGGGAAGAAGUAAAAUUUGGAUUAUUUUUAACCAUUUCAAAGGGUAAAACAUCUGUGUGGUGUUUCAGUACCAGCUGCGGACAUAAUAGCGUGACGUUGUGUAUCGGUGAUGUGUUGUUGAAACAUCUUCAAACCAUUUAAUGUUAUUCAGAUUGAAUCAAAUCUUGAUAGUUUGUUUCAAUUCUUAAAAAUGUGUCUAAGAGUAUUAACCACGGUUAUGCUUCUGCUUCAAGGCAACUCUGACAAUCUCACAGUCUUAUCUUGUGAUUUCUUGAAAUGCGUCAUGGUUUCGGUUCAGCUGAAAACUUAGAACUGGUUUUUUUUUUUGUUUGUUUUGAAUUUCAGGAGUAACCUUUGUUGCCCACUAGGUGGCUCUGUUUAUACACUCAUAUUGUUCCAAUGAGCCUCAAUGUUGAGGUCAAUCUAAAACUCUAAUGUGAGCCAAGCAGUAAGUGGCUACUUGGACAUGUGAUAUCAGAAAGUCACAGAAUUUUACAAUGAAACAUCUUUGCUAGACUGGAUUAAGUUAUGUGACCUCUUUAAUUUUUUCACUGUCUCAUAGUGUUAAAUGAAACCUUAAACAUUCCCACUUUGGUGUGCUAUUGAGUGAUGAUGCAUUUUAAAGCUGAUGGAAGAGUAGAUGUGACAUGUAGAGAGUUGUUUCUUCAUAAACACAGCCUUACUGCAGUGUGGCUAACAUGUAACCCGCCCUGUUCUUGUCUAUAAAUGAUGUCCUCUCAUGAAAAGGACAAGACUUUGAAGCUGUUCUCUUUUACUUUAUGUAUUGUAGCCAUGCUUUUUACUCUGGUAGCCAACACACAUGACACUUAAGCAACAUUUUAAAGUUUAAAAAGGCCACUCAGGCUUCUGCAGUCUGGGGCCUGUUUGUACCUCUCAAAUCUGGGAUCACUGGCACUUCAUUUAUCGUGACUGAGGUGAUUCUGGGAAAGCUGGCCUCUUAUUGUGUAGUUGUUUAGUGUCCCCCAAAAUGGACAUACUGUUUGAAAAGAGGACAAACAUAAAUUAACUGAUCUCACAUUUUAUUUCAAGACACUCCACACUGACGUUUCUUUUUACUGUCAGCACUGUCUGCUUCAUGUUUAGGACUGACUGUCUUUCUUCAGGAACUGCGGAUGAGUUUAAGAUAAAGAGAUGCCUUUGGUUGUGUAUUUUAGAUGUUUCUCUGCUAUCUUUCUGCUGUGUGUGUGUGUGUGUGUGUGUAUGAAUGAGAUUUGCUGUAAUACAUCAUCUGCAGGCUGCAUUUCUGUUGAGUGCCUGUGUGUGAGGACCGUUGCGCGUUUGUGUGAUCUGAAUUGGUCUUUCUGCUUUUACAGUGUAAACUUUUGUGCAAUAUCUCUGCAGACUGUUGGUGUGUGUCUCUCUUUUAAAGUGGAGAGAAUAAAUGGUCAUUGACCUUUGUAUAUGCUAUUCUUUUGACUAAUUUCCAUGUGAAGUGUGCCCAGGGUUAUUUCUCAGAUUUGUUUAAUUUCUUCUUUUCAAAAUUUUAAAUUAAUGUGCUAAAUUUGAAAAUCUGUGUGUUGAAACAGUCUGCAUUAAAUGUUUUGAUCCAGAUGUGGUCUGCAAAUUUAAAACAAAGACUUCACAUAAUAAACUGCUCUCUUCUGUCUGUA